AUGGUCGCCAUCGUCCGCCUCGGCCUCGUUCUGCUCGCCAGUGCCAUCACGGCACAGGCUUGCACAUACUGCCAGUGCAUGUUCCAAGACAGCAGCCACUGCUGUGUCUACUCGGACGCCAGUUUUGGUAACCUCGACUGCACGGCUAUCUGCUCCGGCGCUCACCGCGCAGACGGUACCAGCAACCCCGACGGUUCUGCUGGUACGGCUUGCAACGCCGGUGGCAAGUACGAGUGUAUUUCUUUCAUCACUGCUCAGGGCCGCACGCCUUGCUACAAGGAGUAG